AGUGGGGGAGGGGAGAGAAAGCAAGAAAGACUGCUCUCGGCACUUGUGCUUUUGUUAGUUCCACAGAAGAGGCAGAAAAACAAGAGAUAACAAAGGCUCCGUUUCCUUUCUGUGAGAGAAGGCUUUUGUCUUUCCUCCUGCUACAAUGUCAGCGUCUGGCAAGAAAGAGUUUGAUGUGAAACAGAUCCUAAGGCUACGCUGGAGGUGGUUUAGUCAUCCUUUUCAAGGUUCCACCAACGCUGGAAGCUGUCUUCAGCCGGAAGGAUAUGAGCAUAGAGGGACCCCAGUUCAGGGCAGGUUGAAGAGCCACUCUCGGGACAGAAACGGACUGAAGAAAAGCAACAGUCCUGUCCACCACAAUAUACUGGCACCAGUGCCAGGACCGGCCCCUGUCCAUCAGAGAGCCGUUCAGAAUUUGCACCAACAUAACCUGAUAGUACAUUUUCAAGCAAAUGAAGAUACUCCUAAGGCAGUUCCAGAAAAUAAUUUAUUCGAAGAAGCUUGUGGGAAACGUUCACAAGAUUUGGAGAUGAUAGCCGAUGACAAUAUAGAAGAUUCUACAACAAGAUUAGAUACACAACACUCUGAAGAAAUGAAUGCCACGAGAUCUGAGGAGCAGUUCCAUGUUAUAAACCAUGCAGAGCAGACUCUUCGUAAAAUGGAGAACUACUUGAAAGAGAAACAACUGUGUGAUGUGCUACUAAUUGCAGGACACCUCCGAAUCCCAGCCCAUAGGUUGGUUCUCAGUGCAGUGUCUGAUUAUUUUGCUGCAAUGUUUACUAAUGAUGUGCUUGAAGCCAAACAAGAAGAGGUUAGGAUGGAAGGAGUAGAUCCAAAUGCACUUAAUUCCUUGGUGCAGUAUGCUUACACAGGUGUCCUGCAAUUGAAAGAAGAUACCAUUGAAAGUUUGCUGGCUGCAGCUUGUCUUCUGCAGCUGACUCAGGUCAUUGAUGUUUGCUCCAAUUUUCUCAUAAAGCAGCUCCAUCCUUCAAACUGCUUAGGGAUUCGAUCAUUUGGAGAUGCCCAAGGCUGUACAGAGCUUCUGAAUGUGGCACAUAAGUACACUAUGGAACACUUCAUUGAGGUAAUAAAAAACCAAGAAUUCCUCCUGCUUCCAGCUAAUGAAAUUUCAAAACUUCUGUGCAGUGAUGACAUUAAUGUGCCUGAUGAAGAGACCAUUUUUCAUGCUCUAAUGCAGUGGGUGGGGCACGAUGUACAGAAUAGGCAAGGAGAACUGGGGAUGCUGCUUUCUUACAUCAGACUGCCAUUACUCCCACCACAGUUACUGGCAGAUCUUGAAACCAGUUCCAUGUUUACUGGUGAUCUUGAGUGUCAGAAGCUCCUGAUGGAAGCUAUGAAGUAUCAUCUUUUACCUGAAAGAAGAUCCAUGAUGCAAAGCCCUCGGACAAAGCCUAGAAAAUCAACUGUGGGGGCACUUUAUGCUGUAGGAGGCAUGGAUGCUAUGAAAGGUACUACUACAAUUGAAAAAUAUGACCUCAGGACCAACAGUUGGCUACAUAUUGGCACCAUGAGUGGCCGUAGGCUUCAAUUUGGAGUUGCAGUUAUUGAUAAUAAGCUCUAUGUAGUGGGAGGAAGAGAUGGUUUAAAAACUUUGAAUACAGUUGAAUGUUUUAAUCCAGUUGGCAAAAUCUGGACUGUGAUGCCUCCCAUGUCAACACAUCGGCACGGCUUAGGUGUAGCCACGCUUGAAGGACCAAUGUAUGCUGUAGGUGGUCAUGAUGGAUGGAGCUAUUUAAAUACUGUAGAAAGAUGGGACCCUGAGGGACGACAGUGGAAUUACGUGGCCAGUAUGUCAACUCCUAGAAGCACAGUUGGUGUUGUUGCAUUAAACCACAAAUUAUAUGCUAUUGGUGGACGUGAUGGAAGUUCCUGCCUCAAAUCAAUGGAAUACUUUGACCCACACACUAACAAGUGGAGUUUGUGUGCUCCAAUGUCCAAAAGACGUGGAGGUGUGGGAGUUGCCACAUACAAUGGAUUCUUAUAUGUUGUAGGGGGUCAUGAUGCCCCAGCUUCUAACCAUUGCUCCAGGCUUUCUGACUGUGUGGAACGGUAUGAUCCAAAAAGUGAUUCAUGGUCAACUGUGGCACCUCUGCGUGUUCCCCGAGAUGCUGUUGCUGUGUGUCCCCUUGGAGAAAAACUAUAUGUGGUUGGAGGAUAUGAUGGACAUACUUAUUUGAACACAGUUGAGUCAUAUGAUGCACAGAGAGAUGAAUGGAAAGAGGAAGUUCCUGUUAACAUUGGAAGAGCUGGUGCAUGUGUUGUAGUGGUGAAGCUACCCUAAAGCUAUCUUAAUCAAAUGGAAUGAAACGGGGUAAUUUCGAGAAAUUGAGUAGGACAAGGGGAGAAAGAAAUAUAUGUUCUUUCUUCUGCGAUUAAUAAUCAGACUGGAAAAUUGUUGUAUCAUUUUAAUAUGUAGUUAUAAUUGCUUUCAUUUGUGAAGCCAAAAUGUUUUUAAACAUGAAUUACAUAUGAUUAUUAAGUGUAUGUGUUAUCGCACCUGAUAAUAUAAAAGGAAAUCCAAUAGUCUAGAUUUAGCCCCAUUACUGCAAAAUGCUAAAAUACUUAAUGAAAAUUGAUGAUGGCCACAGUGUGCAAGUUAUAAAAACAUUAAUACAUUUCAAGGUAAGAGCCUUAGAAGUUAAAAACAUUUUCCAUUUUUUUAAAAAAUAUAUACUAUUAUUAUCUGGAACAUAGAAAUAUAAAAGGUAACAUCUAAAGCUUAAAAUAGAAAGUCUGAUUUUCAGUAAGCCAUUAUUCUCCUAUUCAUAUAAUAUCCCAAAGAGCUAAACAAUUUCUCACCUUUACCAAGAGGAAAGCUCUUACUGUGGUUGAGGCUAAAAAAAUAUAUGGCUCAUUAACAUAAUUUGUUAUGCUGAUUACGAUAUGUCAAAAUUUUUACAGGUUUACUCAUCUGCCAGAGCACACAUAUAAAUUUGAUAUUUCUUAACAUAUUGCCUUGUUAAAUUUGUGACCAGUAAAAUGAUAUAAUUUCAUAUACACAGCCUAUACAAUAAAAUAAUGAAUAUUUAUCAUAUUGAUACAAACUGUGACCUCAGCUUCAGAGUGUCAGGGCCUCACUUGUAUAGAAUGUAAUGUUCUCCUCAAACAUUUAUGCAAACUCCGUAAACACAUAUCAUUAAGUUAAACAAGUUUUCAAAAACAAAACGAUUUUUAAAGUACAUAAAAUUGAGGAUAUUAUUCAGUGUUAACCCAUGGAAACACCAAAAUAUUCAAUAAGCCUGGUCAAUUCUAUAGAUAUAUUUUAGCUACCAAACAUGCUUUUCUGUUAUUGUUAUAUUAUCCAGUAGAAAAUGUUAGGAUAUGUGUGCUAUGCCAAAAAAAAAAAGUCUUUUUAAAUUUAAAAAUAACAAAAAUGCCUAGUUGAACAGUAUUUUAUAUGUAAUUCUUCCAUUUAUUGUAUUUAAUUAUACAACUAAUAUGAAAUAUUGAAAAAAAACUUAAUGAAAGUAACUUUUCAAGUAAAUGCACAAUUUUAGAAUUUCUACAAUAAGUACUUUUAAAUAACUUUGUAUUGCAGAUUGUGAAAUCAAAUAAAAUCUGGAGAAAUGCUUAUAAAAUAUACUACUAGCUUUUAAGUUUUAAGAAAGAACAAUGUAGGUUGUACACAGAUACUUGUAGUUUGACAAAUUGAAUAUAAAUAGACUUUAUUUCCUCUCAUUACAGUGUGGCUUUAGAAUAUAUCAAGUACAACCUAAAUAGGCUUUUUGAUUUUACAUUUUCUAUAUCACUAAUACACUUAAAUACAAAAGUAAAAUUCCACUCCUCUAUUUCUUCUUACACCUGCCAUUGUCUCUAAUCCUAAAUAGAGAGCUAUAGAUUUCUUCAAUUCUAGAGGUGAAGAUAAAGACAUAGAGAGGCUGUGAAACAUACAUACAGGCCUGUUAGGUCUUUUGAAUUCACACCUUAUUGAAAUCAAUGUAGAAGUAGAGUUACCUAAACCUUUAUUGCUGAUGCACAGCUUGGCCUGUUAAGUUAAAUGGGGGUAUCAACCAGUGGAAAAGAUCAAAGGACCUAUUGCAGCCUAGCUUGCCAAUCCUCCAGUAAAAACUAGGUGCUAUCAAUAGGCAGAUUGUGUCUAGAGUCAUGCCUGGACAAGAAAGUGAAAGUUGAAUACUCUCUUCUCAAUGGCAUAGCUGGACUUGCUUCAGUGUGAUUAAAUAUUGACUUGUAGAAGAGACAUGCAUGUUUCACAGGGCUACCACUUCAUAGCUGCAUUUAAAAAUUGUGUUCAAGCCAAUAUGGCUGCUAUGGUUUGAAUAUUUUUCCCUCCAAAAUUCAUGUUGAAACUUAAUUCCUAAUGUAGCAGUAUUGAGAGGUAGGGCCUUUAAGAGGUGAUUGGGCCAUAAGGGCCCACCUAAAUGGAUUAAUCCAUUCAUGGAUUAAUGUAUUACUAGUGACUUUAUAUGAAAAGGAAGGAAGAGUGACCUAAGCUAGCAUGCUUAGGGAGUGUCAUAUGCCCCCUGGCCAUGUAAUGCUGCUGUGUGUUACCUUGGAACUUACCUGACAUCCCUUACCAACAAGGCUUUUCCAGAUAUGGCCUCUCAACCUCAGACUUCUCAGCCUGCCUAACUCUAAGAAAUAAAUUAUUUUUUCUCUAUAAAUUACCCAGUUUCCAGUGUUCAGUUUUAAGCCUUAGACAAUGAACUAAGACAAUGCUCUAGAUGAGCUGCCAAAAUCUGAGCAAAUGUGAGCCAUCAGAAUAGAGACCGGCAGAGGCCCAGGACAAGAGGGAGGUAUUUAUAUAUUCUUUCAAGAGUAUAGGGCUCACACGUUUACUAUACUGAGAUUGGAAAGACAAUGUUGCUUCUUGGUUUUUUUGUAUAAUCACUAUGAUCAUGUUCAGGAUUCCCUACUCUGCAACUCUUGGCCUGCAUCAUGAUGAUUCUUCAAUACUAUCAGCUACCUUCCCUGUAUUUCCACAGGGCAUGCAAGAACUUCUACAAAACUUUACCAUACAGAAGCUGAAGGAGACUCUGGAGCACUGACUUCAGAUCCUUCCUCUGCACAACAAUGCAGUCUAUUAGUCUGACACAGGUGUGGCUGUUGCCCCUUUUUGAUAUGGAGGGAGCUCUGAAAGGGAGUUUCCUUCUGGAGUUCCAAAUGCAAUAUAGAUACUAACCCCUCUGAUUCUGGAUUUUGUUUCAAGUUCUCUAACAAGACUCUUACCUUGAGAUCUUAGACUAGGUAAAGAAAAUAAAAAAGGCCAUUGGAUAUCCUCAACUGUCCCCAUUCUAUGUCCACUUUCUCCCAAUCACAUCACCUGAGGUAGAAGGGACAGAUUUUUCAGUUGCUAUUUCUCUUUGCAUUGAACUUUCUUUGCAUCCUGUCGACAUUGCUGAAGACACUUAAGUCCCAACCUAAAUGAUGGAAGGAGUAUCUCCCAUGUUGUCUGUGGAACAUACCAUAUGAUCUACCACAAUUUGCAAGCAUGGAUCUCCAUUUCAAAGAAACAUUUUUAAAAUGUUUGUAAAAUUUCAAAUAUCUCACCACAAUAAAUUAUGGGUAAGGUGAUAAUAUGUUUAAUUAGCUUGAUUUAAUCAUCCCACAAUGUAUACAUAUGCCAAAAUGCUAUAUUGUACUGCAUAAAUAUAUAUAAUUAUGAUUUAUGAAUUACAGUAAUAUUAAUAAAAAUGUUAAAGCUUU